AUGUUUCACUUUAUUCUUGUAACAGCAAAAAUAAUUAAGACUUGUAAUUUUAUGAUGUUGAAAACCACAUCUAUGCUCUCCAAACCAUGUUUCAAAUGUGAUUCAUCGGUCUACCUCGAGUAUAUUUAUAUGAAUUGCUUUAUUUCCUUGUCUGUAGAAAUUAUUUUUUUUUUUUUUUCAUUUAGUAGCAAUUGCAAAUCAACAACUAUGGCAGUAGCAUUAUCCAAAGCACUUAUUUUUUUAACUGUGAUUAUUCAAUUUAUAGCAACUGCUUUGUUAAGUUUCCUACUACUUGGUUGUAUUGAUAAAUCAUCCAACUACUCCAAUGUAUUCUUGUUAAAUUAUAAAUUCAAUCUGACAUCUCCAUUAUAUGGAGAAUUAUCAACUAAAUCACUUAACUCCACCUCAUUAGAUGCUUUAUCCAUUAGAGUUGGGUAUUUGGGUGUUUGUUUAUCACAAGACAACGACUUAACAUGUACAACAUAUGCUCAGCUAGAAUCAUUCCCAACUUAUUCUAUUUCUAUAUUAGAUGGAACUUUGGAUUUGGUUAAAUUAGCUCAAUCAUUUAGUAGUAUCUGUCAUCCAAGAAUUUUAUUUGCCACUAUAGUUUUGACACUUGUUAGUUUGUUACUCCUAUGUUAUAUGUUAAUUCCUUUGGUACCUGGUAAGUUUAUAGUGAUAAAAGUAAACACUUUAUUUACAUUCUUGAAUCUUUUAUUAUGGGGAUUGGGUUCUAUGUUACAGCAUCAAGCAGUAAGUACAUCAGCAGUAAUGAUGAGAGAAUCAAGUCUUCAAUUAUUAGUUGGAUCUUCUGGAGGUAGGGCGGAAGCAAUGACUUGGACUGCUUUUAGUUUCAUUGUUCUUGUAUUUCUAAGUUUGUGUUUUGGUGUAUGGACGGAAUUCAAGAAUAAACAUGCUUCAACUACAAAUGUAGCUCCACCUCCAGUUAUGCAAAAAGUUUAA